GAGCCUGAGAGAAUCCACAGGCUGCUCCUUCCCCACAAAGCACUUCCCCCAUCUCCUGGAUACAGUUCUGGAUGUCUGAUGCUUUGGGCAUCCCAUUCUUGUCUUGAGCUUUAGGAAAAAGACAGCAUGGAUCUUUCCUUCUUCUUCUUCUUGAUCAGUACCAUGGUUCUUUUAAUGGAACAGGAAGGCCACACAGCCUCUCUGUCUGUCUCUGGGUCUGUAACAGGGAGAGAUAUGCCCAUGCAGUUUGGUAAGAGGGUCCAGCGGCGUGACAAGCGCUGCUCCUGUGAAAACCUAAAGGACCAGGAGUGUGUGUACUUCUGCCAUAUUGGAAUUGUUUGGGUCAACACACCCAGUCAGAUCAUUCCAUAUGGAGUAGGAUCCCUCCAAAUGCGUGUAAGAAGGGACGUGGUGCGAUGUCUUUGCAGAAGUAAAAGAGAUACAGAGUGUUUGAAGUUCUGCUUCCACUGGAACUUCCAAGGUGAAAAUGCAUCAGUUUUGGGGUUCCCUCCUGGAAAAUCCAAAGAAAGAUACAAGCUGACACUAAAACAAAGGAGGAACAGUCCUGCAUGGAAAACGUGAAUUGCGAGGAAUGCCACGCAGCUACACCCUUCUUACAUUUCUGUAAAAAAGCCAGCUUUGUAAAACAAAAUCUAAAUAAUGUGAGAUUGCUUAUUAACAAGUGUUACUCAACCAGCUUUGAUAUUAACUAAAGCAAACUGGUUGGUUUACUGCACUUUAUGAUCCUUACAUGAACUUUAUUUAGUAAAGAAAUCCAAACCUCAGUGUAGAUGUCCAUAUAAUAUUUGCAGAUAAUUACACAAAAGUCCCACUGUUUUGUAAAAAAAAAGGACAUAUAAAUUUCUGAUGAAUUUCCGAUUCUCAAUUAUUUUUUAUUUUCAAAUAAAAAUGUCUUCAUUGUGCACAGAGCUCUACAGAGAUUAGUUUGGCAUUAACAAUAAGAGCAGAGCUUAAUAUUGACGCCAGUCUGCUUAUUCUAAACAAGUAAAAAAAAUGGAUUAUGAAUUAACAGGUUAAAUUGAUCAGGUAGAGUUUGAAACCCAGGGCCUUCUAGGCCAAUAGAGAGGCGUUAUAAUGUCUGGAAAACAUUAAAACAUUCAUGUCUGUAGUAUAAGCUCAAAACUAAUGAAUAUUAUAAAGCUUGUUCUUUUUUUAUUAUAUUAAAACGGUUUGUUUUUUUCUCUAUUUGAAAAAAUAUAUUUUGUGUUCUCUACAGAUACAGCUAAAUGAGCUUAGCUUAACUGAUUGAAGACUUUCUACUAAGUCUAAAGGCUUCACAUUUUAGAUUACAAACAAAUACAAUUGUGAACUAGCCGAGGAAUCAACCUAUCUUUUUAAAAUUUUUCAUGGUGUGAGAAGUUUUGUAAAAAUAAAAUGUUACUGCAGGUGGUGAAUGAAAGUGUCGGUGUAAUCAGGAUUCACUCAGAUUUUAGAAAACAGCAACAGAAGCUCUGUUCCAGGAUUCUUUACUGAAAGAGACACUAUUACACUGCUACCUACAAAAUAUAUGUUAAUGUGUAAUAAUAUACAGUGUAUAUUAUGAUAUACCAUAUAGGUCAUAAAAUGUAUGUCCUAGGUCUGACAGUGUUUUUUUCACAAAAGUGCAGAAUAAGUGUAUUAAAGUGUUUACAAUAUAGUGUUUUAAACACUGUAUAAAAUGAGAUUUUUAUAUGAUUAAAACUGUCACACCCUUAAGAAAUAUGAAGGAUUACAUUGUGUAACAAGAGCUGCUGAAAUUUGAAAUGAAUGCAGACUCUGAUUACUGUAAUAUUUAUUUUGUUCAUGAAAACAGUUUUAAACAAAAAAUAAACUAGAAAAAAAGA